CCGAUGAAGUGGGCGUGUGUGUGUGUGUGUGUGUGUGUGUGUGUGUGUGUGAGGCGGUGGCUGCUGAUAGUCUGAUAGCGAACAGCGGCGAGGUGGCAGUUCGGGGAGCAGAGGCGAGGUCGCAGGCACAUCGUCGACAUGGGGGCAACGAGGGCGCGAACGGCGGUGAUUGUCAUGGUGGCGGUGAUGGCGGCGGCGACGGCGGACCCCACUCUGCCAGACAUCUGGAAGGUGGUGGAGGACUCCUACGACUCAACACUCACAAUUAAUUUUCCAGACCUGGAGGUGGGUACGACCAUGCUGGUGGACGAGCUGUACGACAUCAAGGGCAAACAGGGCGUGGUCGAGGUUUUGUCCCGGGGCCACACCACCAUCAACAAUUACUACACCUUGAGCCAGCAGUCCUUCCUGGUGGAGGGGACCAUGUGCUCUCAAGGACUUGUGAUGAUGCAGGACAACUACAGGGUGUGGGGUUGGAUCUACGACAACACCGAGUCCCCAGUAGAGGAACAAAACUUUCUCUACGGCCCCUCGGCUCUCCUCAGGCUCGUCAGGGACUACGGGAAGGACGCGGUGUAUCUCGGCGAGACGACUGUUCGUGACAUCUCGGCGUACCACUGGUCCAUCCCCCACACCUCAAGCCACCACCAAGUCACCUACUACUUCGCCGCCGACCAGUGGACCAUGCCUUACGGCCACGUGCUAGACGGGAUCCAACUCCAGGCGCCGCUGAUGGUCAAGGUGGAAGGGCCCCAGGGCAACCCGUGGAACGUGGAGGAAGGCGAGAGUAACCAGACGGUCUAUUACGAGUACACGGACUUCAAGCCUUACGUGAGGCCAGCAAGAAGGCAUCGGUUCCUGGUGAGGGAGGGGUUGGAGUGUAAGAACAGGGAGUCACUCGAUCCUGAGAUCCUGGAGCCGCCCACUGCCCCCUAUCAGUUCCAGGUGUUUCUCGAGACGGUGAUUCGGGAGGAUGGUGGCUCAGAACAUCAAACAAUCUUCAGGUCCUGGCUCUACUACAGUAUGUGGAUGCAAGUGAUUCGCUUGGACAUCAACCCCGGCCAGGAUGCAUUCAACCCCACCGCGGCCUACAAGAGUAUUCACGACUACUACACUGGCAUCGAAUACCGCAUCGACACAGCCACCGGAAUGUGUCAGAUUAGGCCCUUGGAAGGCCACCAGCUGGGGAACCAACUGGGCAGCCACUCCAUCGGCGGGGUGAUAAUGGCCGACCCCGAGAACCUCUUCCAUCUCGACGACAGCUACAUGUUCAACGGGUAUUCUGAGACUCGGGGCAUCAAGACGAGUCGCUGGACCUCCGUCAGGGACGACAUCUACAACCCGGAGACAGGCGAGAACUACAAAAAAGUGGUCGUCGAUUAUCAGUUCAACACAGAAGACGUGCGGACGGAGGGGGAGAAGGAGGGAACACUUCUGCCGGUGCGGGUUGAUACGACGGUGUACAAUGACAACAACACUAACGAGAUCCUCUACCGGGACACCCUCAACCUCCUUCACAUGCAGACGUCCUUCCAGGAGUACGAUUUCAACCCCUUCCACGUGGGCGAGUGCAUGGACUGGCCGACGGAACAUACAUGGCUCAAGAUUACCUUUGCCGGUGACUGGCUCCACGGCGCCUCGCAGGCCCCUGACGCCUUCAAGAAAAAGAUGAUCGAGUACGUGGCGGAAAACACACACUCCUCGUACGUCAGGUUCGCGGAGGUGCAGCUGGAUCAUGACCUGAGCGACCUAGUGUAUGGAACCAUGCUGAUCCUGGAACAUGCUCCUUAUCGCUUCCAAUUCAACCAGCUUGAGGACAAGGAGCCCACCGAGUACGACACUAAGAUCCUGGUCAACAUGCAUGAUGUGGACGCCUGUGCCUACGCCUGUCUUGGGUAUAAACCAUUCGAGUGCAGGUCAUUCUAUAAGUGUAAGGGUGAUGGGAGGACCUGCUAUGUGAGCAACUACGAGAACUCUGACGGGGCCUCUCUGGGCGUGGGGUUGUGUCCGCACUACAGCAAGGCUUUACUGACUGAAACUCCGGUGCAGGAGCCCAACAAAGAGAUGGAGGUCAUAUUAGCGGCGAAGAUCCUGGCAGGGGACUUCACUAUUGAGAUGGACUACACGGACCAUGAAGGCAAUCCACAGAUUGGGACGUACUAUGCCAUUGCUGAGAAGAAUGAAAUCUUUGGCGAUGACCCUCUGUUCGUUGACUUCCUGAGGAAUGACUUUUACCCUGCCUACAAACAAGGCAAACUGCUCGGCAAGUACACUGACCUCAAGAUAACUAAGGUGAGCUACGAUGUCUGUUUGGCUAGGUGUCUGGGGCAGGUGAGCUUCGAGUGUGAGACCUUCUCCUACUGCUACGAGUACCAGGAAUGCAUGUUGUCCUCCGAGGUGGUGGACACCCCUCCCGAUGCUAACCAACUUGUGCAACAGACUGACUGCGCUGUUAUUAUCCGGACUCACACACUUGACUACACUCUUAUGGAGGGCUUUGUCUAUCUUGGCGAGCCUAAAGAGAUCCACACCACUCUGGGAGUAGAGAAGUGUGCGUACCUGUGUGACACUGCCAACUUUACCUGCAGGUCAUUUGACUUCUGCCUGGACUCCAUUAAGUGCUCCCUGUAUGACCACCACACUGCUGACAGCCCUGAUGGCAUGUUCAACGAGAGCAAAGCCUGCAUGCACUACUCCCGUAAUGCCCUUGUGGACUUCACCAAGUACUCCAACCAGAUGAUUGUGGGUACUCGGGACAGGUAUAUAAAGGACACCACGCCCUCUGCCUGUGCUCAGGUGUGCGAGGACGAGCCUGACUUUGGGUGUAACGGGUUCGACUACUGCGAGGAGGCUGAGUCUGGGGUGACCUGCUUCCUGACGGAGGACCACUACUCAGACGAUGGCACCCAGAUCUCAGACUCCCUCACCUGCGACCACUACUCCCGUGAUUAUUACGAAGGGAUGGAUCGUGACUCGUACGCCCACAACAAGAAGAACGACCCCAAGUACAAAUAUGGGCCAGGUGACAUGGCGGGACUGGGAGUCUCCAUGCUUGUCAUCUCCAUCGCCCUCACCUUCGCGGGCGUCUACGCGUACAACAAAUACAUGAAGUAACUCAACCUGGACACCGACCCCGCCACGCCCACCACCCUGCACGGCGAGGCAGGGCUGCAUGCGCGCGAGUCUCCUUCAGCAGACUCGAACAUGCUCAGUUUGAUUAACCUUUACUUCAAUAGUCUUAGGCACGCUGUAAAUACCAUGCAUCUAAUAGUGUAUAUAUAGUAUGUUCUCUAUAAUGGUAUCUUGAGUGACCACAGAUCUGAUCGCUGAAUAAUUGACUAAGUAUGAAUUCAUGUCGAUAUUUGAGUUAGCGUAUAUCUCAGGCUUCACCUUCUGAUGUUAUAGGACUAAUGAAGAUAUGAAUAAAUUUUUAAGAAAG